UCUGAACGACUCGCCGUACCCCCCACAGCACGCCAUACGCCCGGACCCUGGGAUCUGAAUCGUUCCAGCUUGGAAACAUGUCGCUGCACUUCGGAGAGGAGGAAUUUGACAGCGCAUGGAGGGAGCUGGAUGAGCCACAGCUGGAAGGAGGCUGGGAGCUGUUCACCGAGAACAUGGGUGUCAAAAUUUACCGGCUCCUUGACAAGGAGACGGGGCUCUACGAGUACAAGAUCAUAGGCGUGCUGAGCGCCUGCCCAGCCCAGCAGUGUGCGGACGUCUACAUGGACCUGGCCUACCGGAAGCAGUGGGACAGCUACGUCAAAGAGCUGCAGGAGAAGGAGUUUGAGGGCCACAAAGCUAUCUACUGGGAGGUGAAAUACCCCUUCCCCCUGUCGAACCGGGACUACGUGUACAUCAGGGAGCGACGGGACAUCCAGGUCGAAGGUCGCACCAUCCACGUGGUUCUGGCCCGGAGCUCCCCCAACACGCCCCUGGCGGAGAAGAGCAGCGUGAUGCGGGUCAAGGACUACAAGCAGAGCCUCGCCAUGGAAACGGACGGCGCCGGCGGGACCAAAGUGUUCAUGAACUACUUUGACAACCCUGGAGGAAUGAUCCCGACCUGGCUGGUUAACUGGGCGGCUAAGAGCGGCGUCCCAGGUUUCCUGACGGACAUGAAGAAGGCGUGUAAUAACUACGACGGCCACUGCCAGAAGAAGUGAGGACUCCGGCGAUGGAAGCUGCAGCUGCAUCUUCAAUCUGUCAUCACGUGAAUAAGAGGAGGGCGUUUUAGGGUGUCGCGCUGGGAUUCAACACUCCGAUGGGCCUCAACUCAAUUUGAAUUGGCGUCCUGCCGCAGAGAAAAGGGCCGGUCUGCGAGCCAAUCGAAACGCAGUAUUGGGCGGUAUCGCCGCCCUCAUCCCAAACCAAUCGGAUAGUUCUGACAUGCUGCCCCCCCCAAUACAAAUGCAGUGAUUCCCUGUAGAAAUAGCUGUGUUCGUCAGCAGUUAUUAUUAUAGUUAUUAUUACCAUUAUGUUUUGAUUAUAGUUACUUAUUUCAGCAGUAAAAGUAAGCGAUUGUGGUGGGGUGGUGGUGUAUUGCAAUAUGCUGUUAAGUGGCCUGAGCAUGCAAGUGAGCAUGCUGGAUCUGUUGCCCUUUAUUAAGGGUUUGUAUGAACUCAAAGCACUUCCAUGUUCUGUUUGCCCUGUGUAUUCCUCUCUGCAUUCAGACCCGGAGCGCGUUGGCUUACUACUGUUUUUAGUUAUUUUAUGUUUGGGUUUGUUUCGCUAGGUGUAGGGUUAGGGUUAGGGUUAGGGUCAGGGUCAGGGUGCAGGGAUCUUUUGUCAUUGGGAAAUUCCUAAUCUGCGUCUGUUUAUAUCAAAUGGAAUAAUUGAUUUUUCUAGUGGAAUAGUUACAUUUCUUGAUGAAAAGUGAAAACAGUAGACUAGGUUUUAAUCUUUUUUAAUUGGAUUAAGCAAACAGUCUUUAUAGUCUGGUUGUGCACUGAAAACUAGCUGGAUAACUGGAAGUCCCCUCUAAAGUUUACCUAUUAGAUUUCAUGAAACUGAUGACAGUCAGAUAACACAGUAGCCUAGGCAACAUGAUUCUGCUGGAUGAUCUUUCUUUUAUACUUGAAUGAUUUGAGCCGAUGGCAUUGGUAAGCCUGAUCACGAAAUUACAGCAUCAGGCCAUGAUUGCUUCACGGAAAUAAAUUAUUGUAUUAUUACUGUGGAUGCAUUGUUUUGAAUGAAUGUAAAAAUGUUUAAUCAACGUAUGUGAUAGUUUGACAAACACUCCAAAUCGUGUUAUUGAUACAUUGGAUUCCUCCAUUAAAUUGUAUUUUACU